UGAGUCACCGAUUCUUCUGACCUUCCUACGCACAAUAAUGAACAAUGGAAAAAUUGAACAAAACGAAGGCAUAUAUUCAUCGUCGAUUAAUACAGGAAACAGCAGACCGAAAUUCUCAAAACCGAUAAAUUUGCAGCCUGCUCUCACUCCACAAGUCCACUUUCUCCUCCUCUUUCUUCAAAGCUCAUUGUUCCCCCUCCUCCUCCUCCUCCCCCCCCUCUCUCUUUAGAGCUUAUUCCUACCAUUUAUGUUUAAAAAAUCACGUCACAUUCUCUGCAUUUCUCUGUGAAAAGAAUCUGUCUUCCUGCCAGAAGAUCAGGAGGAGGAAGAGGAAGAGACAGGGUGUUUUUCUGCAAUGGAAAUGCAAGCCUCUGCACCAACACCACCGCCAUCGCAUGGUGGGGAGGCACCAACGAAGAAAGGUCUGGUGAGCACGCUCAUGGAGGCGACCCUGCGGUCCUCCUCCUUCAAGGAGGACUCCUACUUCGUCUCCAGCCUCAAGGACUCGGAGAAGAAGGCUCUGGAGGAGUUCAAAUGCAGGCUCCACAAGUCUGACCACUUCUCCAACGCCGCCCCCGAUUCGAAGGCUCCCCACGUCUCCAUGUGGGGCAUUCCCCUGCUCGGAGGGGACGAGAGGGCGGACGUCCUCCUCCUCAAGUUCCUCCGAGCGAGGGAUUUCAGGGUGCAGGACGCCCUGGUGAUGCUGGAGAAGUGCUUGGAUUGGAGGAAGGAGUUCAACGCUGAUGGCGUCGUGGAUGAGGACCUGGGGUUCAAGGAGCUCGAAGGGGUGGUAGCCUACAUGCACUCCUAUGAUAGGGAGGGCCACCCUGUUUGCUACAAUGCGUAUGGGCUCUUCAAGGACAAGCAGAUGUACGAGAAGAUCUUUGGGGACGAUGAGAAGUUGAAGAAGUUCUUGAGGUGGAGGGUACAGGUGCUGGAGAAGGGCAUCAACCUUCUGCAUUUCAAGCCUGGUGGUGUCAACUCCAUGAUCCAGAUCACCGACUUGAAGAACAUGCCCAAGAGGGAGCUUAGGGUUGCUUCUAAUCACAUUCUCUCCUUGUUCCAGGACAAUUAUCCGGAGAUGGUCGCCAGGAAGAUUUUCAUCAAUGUGCCAUGGUAUUUUAGCAUGAUCUACUCCAUGUUUAGUCCCUUCCUAACUCAGCGUACGAAGAGUAAAUUUGUCAUUGCAAGAGAGAACAACGUCGCCGAGACGCUCUACAAGUUCAUUCGCCCCGAAAAUAUACCGAUUCAGUAUGGAGGUCUAAGCCGUGCUGAGGACGUGCAGUCUGGGCCUGCUAAACCAGCGUCUGAGUUCUCCAUUAAAGGUGGGGAGAAGGUUAAUCUGGAAAUUGAAGGCAUUGAGGGUGACGCGACCAUAGUCUGGGACUUGGUUGUGGGCGGUUGGGAUCUGGACUAUAGCGCUGAGUUCAUACCAACUGCGGAGAGAAGCUACACGAUCGCUGUGGAGAAGAGCAGGAAGAUGGUCUAUGGAGAUGCGCCUAUUCAUAAUUGCUUCAUUGCUAACGAGCAGGGAAAGCUCGUACUCUCAAUUGACAACACCAAUUCCAGGCGGAAAAAGGUCGCUGCCUACAGAUACGUAGUGAGGAAGUCCUCUUCAAUCCUUGUUUGAGGAGAGCCCAUCAAGAAGAUCUGAUUAUGAAUAAAAACAUUGUCGGUUUUCCUGGUUGUUUCUUAGUUUUAAGGAUAUAUUGUUACUGUGGUUUCUUUUUAAUGUGUAAAGCGUUAUGUUAAACAGUUCUUUACUUCUUUCUUCUGAUAUAUGUAUAAAUAGGUAUAGAAUUGUUAGUAGGAAACGGUGGUAGAAACUAGAACAUGGUGAUAAAAGCAAGGCUGCUUUUUUGCAGAGUUGUUUUUUGUUUUUAUUAUUGAUGCUAAUGUUUCCUGUUCGUUUCUGGGCAUAUGUGUGAGAAAAUGAACUUUGGGCCCCUGUUUUUCUGAUCA